UUCCAUGAUCCAUUCCCUCUCUUCGACCCCUCAUGGGCCAAGCUGUGCGAUGCCUUUGGUUGGCUGCAGUCUUUCUGGCUAACUCAGAGGAGGUCGUGGAGCUCGAUGGACAGAACUUCACCUGGGCCAUGCGGGCCUACCCCAGGCUUUUGCUCUUCUUCUAUGCACCUUGGUGUGGUCAUUCCCGGAGCUUGGACCCGGAAGUCCGUCGAGCGGCGGCGGAGCUGCAGGGCAGCGUGGCGGUCGCGAAGAUUGACGCGAGCAUGGAAGUGGAAAUCGCUGACGAGUUUGGCAUCUCUGCCUAUCCUGGACUCUUUUUGCUCCAGAAGGGAAGCUAUGAAGAGUUCACCGGGCGCCGCAGUGCGGCAGCCAUUGCUGACUGGACCCGCAGCAAGAUAGGCUCUGCGUUGGAGCUGGUGAACAACAGCGAUCAGUUGCAGGAUGCUCUUGGCCGACGGGGGGUGCACAGUGCACUGGUAGCCACCGGCGACGCGGGCCGGCAAGCCACCGUGAAGAGGCUAGCCGAGCGCUUUCGUACCUGGGGGAAGUUCAUCUUCCUUGCAGGUGGUCUGCACCCUCGAGUGCAGCUCUUUCGAGGCUUGGACGAGCUCCUGGAAGGCCCAGCCUCCGCCUCCGCGAGUGAUGAGGAAGCGGAGCAAAAGCUUGUCGAGUUCAUGCAGGCGCACCAGUUGCCGCUCUUCGGCGAGGUCUCCGAGGAGAACUUCUACCACUAUGAGACCAGUGGGGCUCGGGGCUUGCUCUGGGUGCUCUUCGCCGAGAGCGGCGGCACGCCCUGCAGCAGCCGUUGCCGUCAGAGGGCCUACGAGCAGCAGGAGGCCCUGCGCCAGGUGGCUCACAGCCGUCGAGACGUGAAGGUGGUCUUUGCAGAUGCGGCGGCGCACAAGGACUAUCUCCUCAUGCUUGGCGCACGUGAGUUCCCAGUCUUCCUCCUGCAGAAAGGCACGCUGAGCGCCAUCGAGGUCGGGGAGAUUGAGACGUGGGCCUUGCCAUUGGAAUCUCCCAUCCGUCCUGAAGCCAUCAUCUCCUGGAUGGACCAGGCAGGGAACAGACACAGUCGGUCACGGUGUGGACAGGCUUCCGCGAGGAGUCGGUGCUGAUGCGAGGACUUGGACGAACACGGAGAUGUUCGUCGAGAGCCACCGUGGUCGGUCUUCGGAGAGAGGUGCUGCCAAGGCUCGGUGUCGCAGCUUGACCAGUCCACGUCCCCGGCCGGAGCGGAACCAGCGAACAGAAAGAGUCGACCGACGGGUGGACCAACGGAAAGCAGUGCAUGUUCAGUCUGCGGUACGGUGAGAGGGUAUCCAGGAUCAUGUGAAUCAUGUGCACUGACCCAUGUACGCUAACCUGAAGUGCCAAAACAUCUCCCCGAAACCCUUGCCUUUGGAAUGAUGUGGAGCGUGCCCAACCGUGGGUCUGCAGCCAAGCGAAAGGUUCACUCCAUUUGCAGAAGGGCCAAUGUGGAGAUCUUUAUUGACUUUAUUGUUUCCGUUUUCACUCUAAUGUCAUUGGCUUGUCUAACAGGGUCUUCACUUGCCACCUGGUGCGCUGAGCUGAAGGAAGAAUCUAGGCCUGGCCGAGACUGGUUGAAGUCUGCCGAGGGACCCGAGCCAAGCUGCAAGCACCCAAGCGGACUUGCCAAGAAGACUUUU